GUUUUAACUGACGACGUUCGUCUGCAUUUAAUAGUUUUCCGCGAGUGAAAAAUUGCAGGUGUUUUUAUUGAUAAACUUCAAAACUAGAUGAAAACAAUUUUGAAAUUAUUGAAAGUCAAUAAACCACCGAUGAUCACGCGUUCUGGAUCAACGCGAUAAGUUGAAACGUAAGAUGUCAAGUUUGUUUCGAAUCAAAAUGGAAGGUGACAGUUAAUUGCGUUUCAUCUGACAAGAGCAUACGAUCCUCGCGAAAAUGAUCAGUUUACUGUCUUGAUAUGUCUUUUCGCGAUAGUCUCAUUAUGCUCGUAAUCGCUCAAGUAAUGGAUUCGGUCGCCACUAUUCUCUCCAUGCGUCAUAACCUAGAGUCGAAGCCACUGUUACUCUUGUAACAAUACGACGUAGUCCGGUUGUGAUCAUUCCAUCAUUGUUACAAUCUUGCAAUCUAGUGGAGGAAAAGUGCUUGUGUACGUAGUUAUCAGUGUUACCCACACGCAUUUGGAGUGACUAAAUAUCUCAUAUUCUCAAGUACGCGGAUUAGAGAAAACGAGAUUUAAUCUAAACCCUAUGUGUCUUCUCAAGUGCUGAUAAGAUCUGUAUCAACGCAUCUUCCUUAAUGGGAGUAAAGACCUCGUCAGUUUAGUGAACCAUCCGGGGUUAGAGUAAUGAAACACAGGAGGGGGCUCCUAGUGAAGAAUUAAAACUGGGAGUUCAGAGGACAUCCUCAAUUGUUUAAAAAUGCCAAAGUGUUGUCUGAGUCACAGAACUCAAUUAUGGCUAAUACUUUUGACCAUUCUCUUCAGUUACGUUCGGGCCGAUAUUUUGGUAUUCUCGGCUACGGAUCGCCACCAAGUCGAAGAGGAGUUCAGAGACAUGCCAGCAAAAUUUGGUGCCCAGAUACCACCUGAAGGAAUUAAAGGCAUGGUUGUAUAUGCCGAUCCUCCAUAUGCAUGCCAAGAUGUGAAAGAACCGCCAAAUGUUACUGGAUACGAUGGAUACUGGAUACUUUUGGCAUCUCGCUACAAUUGUAGCUUCGAAAUCAAAGUUAGAAUGGCACAGAAAGCUGGAUAUGAUGCUGUGAUUAUACACAAUGUGAAUAGUGAUGAAUUAGAACCGAUGUCUGCCAAGGAUUCUAUAGGGAUCGAAAUACCGGCUGUGUUUGUUGGUGAAAUUACAGGAAUGCUUUUAAAAGGAAAUUAUCUCUACAAAAAUCUUUAUUUUGUGCUGAUAAAUGACGAUUUGCCUUUUAAUAUAAACACACAUUUAUUGCUGCCAUUCGCCAUCGUUGUGGGAUUAUGUUUCCUUAUCAUGGUGAUAUUUAUGAUCGUUAAGUGUAUAAAAGAUAGGCGAAGACAGCGAAGGCAUCGCCUGCCGAAUUCUAGUUUAAAGAAAAUUCCAACGCACAAAUAUACGAAGGGAGAUCCUUACGAAACUUGUGCUAUUUGUUUGGACGAUUAUGCAGAGGGAGAAAAAUUGCGAGUUUUGCCCUGCGCGCAUGCCUAUCAUUCAAAGUGUAUUGAUCCCUGGCUGACAAAAAAUAGACGUGUUUGUCCAGUUUGCAAACGAAAAGUUUUCGCAGCUGAUGAGCGAGUUGUGACUGAUAGCGAAAGCGAUUCGGACAUAGACGAUUCAACACCUUUAAUCAGAAAUGGUCAUCCAGGUACACAAGGAGGGACUUUCGCAGCUCAAAGAGAAAAUCCCUUUUCCAGAGCGAGAAGAUCGCAGGAAAGACAGGAUAGCUCUGAUUCUGAACAUUCCGCCCUGCUCAGUUCCGAAUCUGACGAUUACAGGAGCAUUCACAACGGAGAAUCAUCUGGUACAAUAUUUACUGUUUCCGACAGCCAUAGUAUCAAUGGAGAAAUUCCAGAUAUUGAACGUUCCGUCAGUAGUACGAGGCCACACACGGUGAACGUUUACACAGAAGUUGAGGAAGAGCCAGCUUUACCAAUUCAUACAGUAAGUCGGAAUUCUGCAGUUCCACAAACGCGUGGAAUUCUCAAUUCAUCAGCAACCGUAAGCGAAGAAUUACCUGUAGCUGUCAUAAGACCGACUCAAAAUGAACGACCGCUUCAAAAUGAAAAGAGCCACUACAUCCUGUAGUUGUCUCGAAAUGAAAUAUUUUAAAUUAGGCAAAAAAAUAAGGCUUCCUUCCAUGGAACAGGCUAGUUUCAUUGGUAGUUGCAAAAAUUCGAGAUCGUCGAUCCGUUGGUUUUAUCGAGCAAUAUUAUUUCUUGGAUUCAUUGCACUUUAUUGUAACGAUUGACCCAUAGGAGGAGCUAGACUUCUUUUUUACCUAGAUUAUAUUGUCGAUGAUACGAAAAUGGACGAUAUGACGGGAAUUUUUAGUUCGGGAAGUAUUGGAUGCUAAUUUGAUGUUAGAAUCCAGUUACACGAUUGUAUUGGAAGUCCAGCCUUUAUUUGAAAAUUAAAGCUAAUCAGUUGACUUGCUGGAAUCAGCCAAUUGUUUUACAGAAGUGCUAUUUUCGCUUUGUUGUGAAGAAUUACGUAAAAAGUAGAAUUAUAAUCAUUUCAGUAAAGGUUGCGUGAUAUUGAAAGUAGAAACGAGAACUGAGGAUUUGAAAGAACUCUCAUCGUUAAGAAGCCUGUGAUGUGCAGGAAUGUAAAUACUUUUUGUUGGUGCGAGGAGAGACAGACCAAAUGUUUUAUGCAGGAGAUUUUAGGUGUAGAUCUAUCGAGAAUAAACUAGAGGUAUAUGUACACUUUUUCUUUCUUUUUUUUUAAGUUUAUCUGAUCGAGUCUCUUUUCUAGAAAUAAGCUUUACUCGCGUAAGCCGCUGCUUAUUCGGUUUAUCAGUAAUUUUAUUCAAAAUGAAUAGAAAUCACAAUGGUGGAUUUUUCGGAAUUCUGGAAAAAUCAUUUCACAUUAAGAAACUAUGUUUGUUCCGAAUGAAAUGUUAAGUUUUGAAAUAACAGGUCGCACCUUUUUACUUCUCUUUUUGGCGGUCUUAAGUUAGAGAGCUUUAUACUGGUGAUGGGAAAAUGGAAAAUGUGCGACACUUUCGGAAUUCUGGGAAAGUAGUUAAGUUUGUAAAAAGCCUUGUAAAUACAAGAUUAUGCUGUAAAAUGUAACUUUCUGUAAGAUUUCGCUCUACGUUAUUACAAUGUUUCCAUCGCUUUUAUUAUACUGUUUAUCUAAAUCUGUAUUCCGAAUAAAAUAAAGUGUAUUUAUAUUUUUUAUC